AUCACGCAGGCUAAGGUGCUAACAAAAUGAGUUACAAACAAGGAAAACUGAGGUAAAAAGCUGAUUCACAGAGGGAGACAAAUCCAAGUGUUUGUUAACUUGUAAACAGCUCAAACAGAUAUGUGACAAUCAAUUGGUACGCAAUCAAUAAUUUGUAACAUGGAAGCAGAUUCACUCGUUGCCAUAUUUUUCACGAUUAGCUGUUCAGUCAAUAACUGGGGAAUCUCAAGAUGAUGUAAACAGUCAACAUUAUCGUUUUUUGUUUUCAUUCAACGCAAUAUUUAUCAAACAGUUAAACAAUGGAAUUUCAAUUACAUGGAAGCCUCAUGGGUUUUAAUCAACAUUGGUGUGCAGAUUUAAUCCACGGAGUCUGGUAGAUGAUGGUUUUCGAAUCGUCAACUGUUGAACUGUGAUUUUUCAACUAUCUUGGCUGGUUAUCUUGGAGGAGAUAAUUACCUAGUCCACUUGUUACUUGCGUCUUUAAAUCAGCUGAUUUCAUAUCCAAACACUGGUUCUACACGUGAAAGAGAAUACCUAAAUAACGAUUGGCAAUGACGAGAUAAAUCGGACAAAUAAGUUUUGUAUCAUGUCUGCACUUAAGAAAAUUUGUCUUAUUGGCUCCGGUAAUUGGGGAUCAGCCAUUGCCAAAAUCGUUGGGCAUAAUGUCACUAAAUUUGAUUACUUUGACAAGACUGUUAAAAUGUAUGUUUACGAAGAGAUUGUUGAUGGUCGCAAAUUAACUGAGAUAAUUAAUACUGACCAUGAAAACGUUAAAUAUUUGCCCGGACACAAAUUACCUGAAACCAUUGUUGCUGUUCCAGAUGCACUAGAAACUGCCAAAGACGCUGAUGUAAUCAUUUUUGUCGUUCCACAUCAAUUUGUUGAAAGAACUUGCGCUCCACUUAAAGACAAGAUUAAACCUAGUGCCAUAGGUCUUAGCUUGAUCAAAGGUUUUGGUGAAAAAGCUGGAGGAGGAUUGGUGCUCAUAUCCGAUUUAAUCAGUGAGACACUGGGCAUCAAGGUUUCUGCUCUUAUGGGAGCCAAUUUAGCUCAUGAAGUUGCCGAUGAAAAAUUCUGUGAAACAACAAUCGGUACUGAAGAUGAAGAAUCUGGUAAAAUAUUGAAAGAUCUCUUAGAUACUCCAAAUUUCCGAGUAACUAUUGUUCGUGAUCGUUAUACAGUUGAAGUUUGUGGGGCUCUUAAAAAUAUUGUUGGCUGUGCUGCUGGUUUUAGUGAUGGCCUCAAACUCGGUGAUAACUCUAAAGCUGCAGUUAUAAGAUUAGGGUUAAAAGAAAUGAUUCGUUUUGUUAAGACUUUCUAUGGUGACAAUUUUGAACUAUCUACUUUCUUUGAAUCAUGUGGUGUUGCUGAUCUGAUUACGACUUGUUAUGGUGGUCGUAAUCGCAAAAUAUCUGAAGCUUUUGUAACUUCUGGUAAAACCAUUGAGGAAUUGGAAAAAGAAUUGUUAAAUGGUCAACGUCUUCAAGGACCGCAAACGGCAUACGAAGUAUUGAAUUUGUUAGAGGCUAAAAAUGUAACCGACCGAUUUCCACUUUUCUAUGCUGUCGCGAUGAUUUGCAAAGGUAUUAUACCUCCAUCUUCGUUGAUUGAGUAUCUUCGCAAAGAACCAUCGGAUUGAAAGCAUGGAAAGAUUGAGUAAUAAAUUAAAGGAAACCCAGAGAAUCAAAAUGUGUUCUCUUUAAUUUUUGGAUAAGUUCCAAGAUAAAGCAUACUGUGCAGAAAAAUUUAAAAAGAUAUCUGAAUGGCUAUUGUCUAUUUAAAGCGGAAUUUUCAUUCAUCACUUGAAUUCAUCCAUCUCUAUCUUCGCAAAAUUUUAAUACUUUUUCGCUCCAACGAUCGAAUUUCAUUAACUGGAUUAGUUUUUGUCCUUUCACUCCAACUUAAAAUUGGUUAUCGAAAUCUCCUAAUUAUUGUACAUCCAGAGUAAAUCAUGUUAUUGAAAAUUAAGUUGCGAUUUUUGCAAAUGUUAGAAAUAUUUAUUUAAUGAUAAAUCUAUUAUUAAAAUGUUUACUUAAUUGACUAUAAAUUACUAAUAUUUAAUAUUUAAGACCCAAAUUAUUGUCUAAUUAUAGUUCUAUGCAAUAAAAAUAAGUAAUAUUUAA